AUGUACACAGUUACACACCUAGCGUGGACACUUGGACAGUCGGUCGACGUUUGCGAUCUACGCGCGUGCGGUUACUCGCACCCAAUAGGUGCUUGUCACACGGGCUGGGCUCUCGGUCACGAAUUUCUCUUCCCCCGAUCAGUCAAGACCAACGGUGCUCCACAGCUUCUGUCGCAAGCCGUAACCUCGCCACUCUCGAGUGCUGUUGUUCAGUCCACGACUGCGGUUCCCGUGACAACGACAGCGAUCCUCACAUCCGUUUCUUCUAUUUCCGCGAGCAGCGCAGCAGCCAGGGGACACAGCUCGGCCACACGCCACCUGAGUGCACUUCCCAGCAGUUCGAAAGCAACUUCCGGCGACACCGGAUCCGGCGGCAGUGGUGGUAGCACCAGUAUGUUACUGUUGCAACCUCAGGCCUCUUCUUUUAGUUCAGUUUCUUCGUUCGAUUAUUUACUAUCGCAACAACAGAAUCAUCCGGAGCAGUCCUAUCAUCAGCUUGGUUCAUUCAGUGGUCCUACUCAUCAGCAACCGCAACAGCAGCAGGAGCAGCAGCCGCAGCAACAACAACAACAACAACAACUAUCGUCAGAUCUCCUCCCGACAGGAAGUCAGAUAGACAAAUUUGUCGAAUUUUUCGGCUCUACUCAGGCACAAACUCCUACGGAAUCAAUCGCCAGCGAACCGUUUCUAGACCAAGCGCAGCAUUCCAACAGUUCCAGUGACACUCUCGUUGGACUCGAAGAAGCACCGUCUGCGUUUGGCGAAUCCAGUGACAGCAUUCCCACGGCACUUCUAAAAGCUGCCGAAAAUUUAACCGAACUACGGGAUCCGUUUAGUGUUAGUCCAUCACGUACGCAACCGGCUGAAGCUGAGCAAGAUCUCCUCCUAGAAACGUCCUCUACCGAAGAGCUAGGACUACUAACUCUUCGUUCCAGCAGUGAUCCAGUUCUCGCAAGUAGUGCACGACAGCAGCAACCUCAGCAUCAACAUCCAGCAAUCCAAGCGCAACAGCAGCAACCGCACCCACAGCGAACCGGUGGCCCAAGACAGCUUCGCUCAACAGACAUAGCAGGCACUAGCAGUACCAAUCCGAUCCUUCCAAGCUUUCAAGAAACAUACCCAAUCAAGUACAAUCAGCUGGCCAGCUUCGGCUUGAAAAUGGACGAAGAUUGCUUCAAAAUUGCGGCUUCUCCACAUCAUCAGAACAUCAGUUACGGACACCACGGCUAUGGACAUCACGCUGCCGUCCAGCAGCCACAUUACGAAUUCCAACCGCAUAACACAGCUCCAGCAACACAAUACAAUAAUCCAACAUCCGGAGGCAGUUUCUAUUCGCCCACAUACGAUCAGCAUGCACCGACUUAUGGUGCGGUAACACCGCAAGAUUCCUAUUCCCUUCCGCCAUUUCCGACAAUCGCCGAGCUGCACGUAUCAACUACCUGCUACCGUCGCGCUUCGCUUCCACUGCAACGCUCGGAAUCAACAUCCAGCAGCGAAAGUCCAAAACCUCCGCGAGUUGGUAUUUACAAAUACUCCGCUCUACCGAGUGCGUCCAGUUCUGCCUCCAGCUCGCCUGGCUACAUCAACAAUAACAAUCCCAACACAGUGAACAACAAUGAAGUGGCGGCAGUUGCCGCCGCAGCAGCGGCUACCGGCGUUACUCCGGCUCCCCGGGGUCCCACACCGCAAAGUCCUUCACAACUGUGUGCUGUUUGCGGUGACACUGCCGCCUGUCAACACUACGGAGUGCGAACGUGCGAAGGUUGCAAAGGAUUUUUCAAGCGUACAGUACAAAAAGGCUCCAAAUACGUAUGCCUAGCGGACAAAGCUUGCCCCGUGGACAAACGAAGACGAAACCGGUGCCAAUUCUGUCGUUUCCAGAAAUGUUUAACCGUUGGUAUGGUUAAGGAAGUCGUACGGACCGAUUCGUUGAAAGGCCGCCGUGGGCGGCUACCAUCCAAGCCGAAAUCGCCCCAGGAAUCUCCUCCAAGUCCACCGGUUUCGAUGAUUACCGCACUGGUACGUGCUCACGUCGACACCACACCCGAUCUCGCCAGUCUAGACUACAGCCAGUACCGUGAGCCCGGCCAGAACGAGCCGAUUAUCUCCGAAGCGGAAAAAGUACAACAAUUCUACAACCUCCUAACGACGUCCGUCGAUGUGAUCAAGCAGUUUGCCGAUAAACUGCCCGGCUUCAGCGAUCUCAGUCCCGAUGACCAGGAACUUCUCUUUCAAUCGGCAUCCCUCGAGUUGUUCGUACUGCGACUGUCCUACCGAGCUCGAAUCGACGACACCAAGAUGACCUUCUGCAACGGAGUUGUCCUGCAUAAGCACCAGUGCCAGCGGUCGUUCGGCGAUUGGCUUAACGCCAUCCUAGAGUUCAGUAAAAGCUUGCACGCCAUGGAGAUCGACAUAUCGGCGUUCGCCUGUCUGUGCGCGCUGACUCUCGUUACAGAACGCUACGGCUUACGGGAACCGAAAAAAGUCGAACUGCUGCAGAUGAAAAUCAUCAGCAGUCUGCGCGAUCACGUGACCUACAACUCGGAAGCCCAACGAAAGCCGCACUACUUCAACCGGUUGUUGGGCAAACUGCCCGAGCUGCGGUCGCUGAGCGUCCAAGGGUUGCAGCGAAUAUUCUACUUGAAGCUAGAGGAUCUCGUUCCGGCACCACCACUCAUCGAGAACAUGUUUCUCGCUAGUUUGCCAUUUUAA